AUGAAGUUUCGUGAUGGUAUGUGGCUGGUCAAUGACCAGUUCACAGUUCAGCAUGCCGAAGAAGUCUAUACUGUCACGCCUCGGGAAGACAACAAGGCGGUCACUUUGUUAUGUCCAAGCAGGAAGAUCUUCACUAGAGGCGAUACCUUGAAUCUGAGCACCAUCUCCGUCGAGAUCGAAGCCCAGUUCGACGGCGUCAUCUCUCUCGAAGCGACGCACUUCGCUGGUGCAAGGCGAAUGGGACCAGACUUUGACUUGUACCCGGCAGGCAAGCCGGAGUGCAAAGGCGACAUCCUGAAGCAAAAGAAAGGGACUACUGUCACUUCAGGGGGACUAAGCGCGACCAUUAGCUCUGAUGAGCAUAACUUCGACAUCAAAUUCCAUGCCACUGACGGAUCGAAAACAUUGACUUCUCUUCUCCACCGGAGCGUCGGACUAGCGUACUCACCCGCCCUUAGCACGCCCAAGAGUGUGGAGGAUCUGGCUGCACAUAAACAUUACAUGUUCACUCAGACCGAGCUUAGUGUCGGCGAGACUAUUCACGGACUAGGUGAACGUUUUGGUGCAUGGAACAAGAUUGGUCAAAAUGUUGAAGUUUGGAACGAAGACGGAGGUACGUCUAGCGAGCAAGCUUACAAGAACGUAUCGUUCUGGCUCAGCUCAAGGGGCUACGGUGUCUUUAUCGACACACCCGAUAAGAUUGAUAUGGAGAUUGGUAGCGAAAGAUGCUCAAGAUUGCAGACUACAGUUGAAGGGCAACGCUUGAAAUGGUAUCUCAUCUAUGGACCAAGUCCCAAAGAGGUACUGACCAAGUACUCCAUUCUUACUGGCAAGUCGAAUAGGGUUCCGGCGUGGUCAUACGGCCUCUGGCUCAGCACAUCAUUUACGACUUCCUACGAUGAGCAGACCGUCCGCCACUUCGUUGAAAAGAUGUCAGAUUCCAAGAUACCAGUCGAAGUAUUCCAUUUCGACUGCUUUUGGCUGCGCGCUUUUCACUGGUGCGACUUUAUCUGGGAUCCAGAGAGCUUCUCCGACCCUGCUGGUCAGAUCAAGCGCAUGAAAGAUGAUGGACUCAUCAACAAAGUCAGUGUCUGGACUAAUCCUUACAUCGGCCAAGCAAGUCCUGUGUUCAAAUAUGCGGCUGAUAGAGGUUACUUGCUCAAGAAGACGAACGGAGAUGUGUGGCAGUGGGACCUCUGGCAGACUGGCAUGGGUAUUGUAGACUUUACAAAUCCCGAGGCUUGCGACUGGUUCCGCGAGUGCAUGGAGAAGCUCUUCGACGUGGGUGUCAGCUCCAUCAAAACGGACUUUGGUGAGCGCAUACCAACGAAGAACGUCCAAUGGCACGACAAGAGCGUGGAUCCAAGCCGCAUGCACAACUACUACGCCUUCAUCUACAACAAACUUGUCUACGAAGCAGUACAAAAGCGGGAGGGUGAGCACGAAGCCAUACUGUUCGCGCGCACAGCAUGCGCAGGAUCGCAACGCUUUCCACUUCAUUGGGGCGGCGACUGCGAGUCAACACCCGCUGCGCUUUCUGAGUCAGUGCGUGGUGGCCUGAGCCUUGGGCUCGCAUCCUUCGCGUUCUGGACGAGCGACAUUGGUGGCUUUGAAGGCAAACCGCCACCCUGGAUCUAUAAGCGAUGGGUUGCAUUUGGACUGCUCAACUCGCAUAGCCGACUCCAUGGCUCGAACUCAUAUCGCGUGCCAUGGCUAGUCGACGAUUCAUCGGAAGAGCCCGAAAACUGCACUGAGGUCCUCCGACACUGGGUGCAGCUCAAGCGCAGCCUCAUGCCAUAUCUCUUCGCGCAGGCAGAAGAGAGCGUUGCUAAUGGAUGGCCUACCAGCGUCCGCGCGACGGCUCUAGAGUUUCCAGAUGACCCAACAUCCUGGUAUGUGGACCGCCAAUUCUUUGUUGGCAGUCAGAUCCUCGCCGCCCCGGUCUUCGAGGAAGACGGUAGCGUUGAUUACUACCUGCCACCAGGUCGUUGGUUCAGCUUCUGGGACGGUAAAGAAAUGCAGGGCGGCCGGUGGAUCAAAGAGAAGUAUAGCUUCCUCCAAUUACCGUUGUUUGUUAGGGAAGGCACCGUUCUCGUGCUCGGGCAAGCAGAGGGCGAAGGCGGCUUUGGUUAUGACUGGCUCGCUACCGGUGGUGAGGUUAGACUUUAUGGUGUGAAGGAAGGUGACAGAGCGACUUUGGUGGAUACCAAGGGCGUCCAGAAGGGUGUAUUAGAGGUCAGCGCUGAUGGUGAGCUCAAAGGUAUGGACCUUCUAGGCGGAGAGUGGAAGGUCUCGAAGCUAGGAUAG